GGGAGACUGUUGAGGGAGGGGGGGAGGGGGGACACGGAGGGAGGAAGAAGCGGCGGCGGCGGCUCCUCUUUGCAGAGGUGGAAACUCCGAGGGGUAAGAGCAGGAAUAAUGCGGUAGGCUAGGCGGGCUGCUCGCUCCCGGCUCCGGCAGCAGCGGCAGCAGCCCGAGCAGCGGCAGCAGCUGCGGCAGCACCCUCAGGCGCUGACAGCCCCGCCGGCCGGCUCCCUCGCUGACCGCCGACUGUCAAUGGAGCUGGAAAACAUCGUGGCCAACACGGUCUUGCUGAAAGCCAGGGAAGGGGGUGGAGGAAAGCGCAAAGGGAAAAGCAAGAAGUGGAAGGAAAUCCUGAAGUUCCCUCACAUUAGCCAGUGUGAAGACCUCCGAAGGACCAUAGACAGAGAUUACUGCAGUUUAUGUGACAAGCAGCCAAUCGGGAGGCUGCUUUUCCGGCAGUUCUGCGAAACCAGACCUGGGCUGGAGUCUUACAUUCAGUUCCUGGACUCCGUGGCAGAAUAUGAAGUUACUCCAGAUGAAAAACUGGGAGAAAAAGGGAAGGAAAUUAUGACCAAGUACCUCACUCCAAAGUCCCCGAUUUUCAUCGCCCAAGUUGGCCAGGACCUGGUCUCCCAGACGGAGGAGAAGCUCCUUCAGAAACCCUGCAAAGAACUCUUUUCUGCCUGUGUGCGGUCUGUCCACGACUACCUGAGGGGAGAACCGUUCCACGAGUACCUGCACAGCAUGUAUUUUGAUCGGUUUCUCCAGUGGAAGUGGUUGGAAAGGCAACCAGUAACCAAAAAUACUUUCAGGCAGUACCGAGUACUAGGAAAAGGAGGCUUUGGGGAGGUCUGUGCCUGCCAGGUUCGGGCCACGGGUAAAAUGUACGCCUGCAAGCGCUUGGAGAAGAAGAGGAUCAAGAAGAGGAAAGGGGAGUCCAUGGCACUGAACGAGAAGCAGAUCCUAGAGAAGGUCAACAGUCAGUUUGUGGUCAACCUGGCCUAUGCCUACGAGACCAAGGAUGCCCUGUGCUUGGUCCUGACCAUCAUGAACGGGGGGGACCUGAAGUUCCACAUCUACAACAUGGGGAACCCUGGCUUCGAGGAGGAGCGCGCCCUGUUCUAUGCAGCAGAGAUCCUGUGCGGCCUGGAAGACCUCCACCGCGAGCACACUGUCUACAGAGAUUUGAAACCUGAAAAUAUCCUGUUAGACGAUUACGGCCACAUUAGGAUCUCAGACCUGGGCCUGGCCGUGAAGAUCCCCGAGGGAGACCUGAUCCGCGGCCGGGUGGGCACUGUCGGAUACAUGGCUCCAGAGGUCCUGAACAACCAGAGGUACGGCCUGAGCCCCGACUACUGGGGCCUGGGCUGCCUCAUCUACGAGAUGAUCGAGGGCCAGUCGCCCUUCCGAGGCCGCAAGGAGAAGGUGAAGAGGGAGGAGGUGGACCGCCGGGUCCUAGAGACCGAGGAGGUGUACUCACACAAGUUCUCCGAGGAGGCCCAGUCCAUCUGCAAAAUGCUGCUCACCAAAGAUGCUACGCAGAGGCUGGGCUGCCAGGAGGAGGGGGCCACGGAGGUCAAGAGACACCCCUUCUUCAGAAACAUGAAUUUCAAGCGCUUAGAAGCCGGGAUGUUGGACCCUCCUUUUAUUCCAGAUCCCCGGGCCGUGUACUGCAAGGACGUGCUGGACAUCGAGCAGUUCUCCACCGUGAAGGGCGUCAACCUGGACCACACGGACGAUGACUUCUACUCCAAGUUCUCCACGGGCUCUGUGCCCAUCCCAUGGCAAAGUGAGAUGAUAGAAACAGAGUGCUUUAAGGAACUGAACGUGUUUGGACCUAACGGUACCCUCUCAGCGGACCUGAACAGAAGCCACCCUCCAGAACCGCCAAAGAAAGGGCUGCUCCAGAGGCUCUUCAAGCGUCAGCAUCAGAACAAUUCCAAGAGUUCACCCAAUUCCAAGACCAGUUUUAACCACCACAUAAAUUCAAACCAUGUCAGUUCAAACUCCACCGGAAGCAGCUAGUUGCAGCUCUGGCCUGAAGUCCACGGUAGGACCAGCCUAGACCCUUCUCCUUAGAGGUGGACUUGUGACCGGUGGAGCUUCUGCCCUGCAGGCAGGCGGGGGAGCCCUCCAGGAGCCGGGGAAGGAGGCCGUACCCCCCCACCACCACCACCACGAGAGGAACGAGAUUUCCACUCAGGUCUGUGUUCGGAGGCUGCCCUCAAGCCGAGGUGGAUUGGCUGUGUCUCUGCGGAACAUUGCAAUAGAAAUCCGAUUGGAUACAACAACUUGCACGUAUUUUUAAUAGCGUCAUAACUAGAACUGAAUUUUGUCUUUAUUAUUUUUAAAGAAAAGUUUUGUAAAUUUCUCUAUUGUCUCAGUUUACAUUUUGUAUAUUUGUAUUUAAAUGAAAGUCAGACUUUGAGGGUGUAUAUUUUCUGUGCAGCCACUGUUAAGCCAUGUGUUUUAAGACAUUUUUGGGGGGGGGCGGGAUUUACAGAAAAAAAAAAUGUGACUCAAGACUUCCAGAGCCUCAAAUAAGAAAAUGUUUUUAUUAAAUGUAGAAAAUGAUUCACAUUUCACCUUUAAAAGAUUGGUUGUAUGCCUCUCUAUAACCUCUCCCUGGCAUUGGUAUCCCCGUUCUGUGGGCUUGUAACAAUCUGAAUUAAAUGCUCAAAGACACACUAGGUCUUCACCCCCAGCCAGAAUGUCUUCCACUGGGGUCCAUGGAGUUGCCUGGUCCCAGCUCCGUCAGGAUGUGCACUUUUCCUUUUGGGGUGCACGAUGCCACUGUUGCUUUGGCCUCAGCCCCCUCUUCCUUCUGGAAGGUGGCUGGUACAUGGAGCUGAGGGUCUUCAGCACAAUGGUGUCUGGGCCCCUUUCUUUCUGAGCAGGUUCUGACUGCUAAAGCCCGUAUGUUUUCAAGAGGCUGGCAUCUGGGGAUUGUUUUAGUCUAUUUUUAAGAGACGCAUAGUGAUGGUAAGGAGUAGUCAUGGAACCCCAAGAGUCCCAAACCCUACCGCCCAUGGAAGCAUCAGGGAGUGGAGGUCUUGGGUUUGUAGAGGGGAGAGUGGCUUUCCCAGUCUCCGGGCACGUCCCUUGAGUGUUUAUGGGGUCACGAUGUCUUGAGAGCUUCGUGGGGCCCCACAGAGUCACUGGCCCAGGUGGCACGGAUGGAUGGAGUUGGCUUUCCAAACAAAUGGGAGAGGCCGGGCCACCCAAAGAAGCUCAAGACAAACUCUGUCCCUUCUGGGAGAGGUGAGGCAGAGGCGACUUCUAAUCGGGCGUCUCCUAGCUCCAGGCACAAGUAGCCCCAGGGGAACGUGGUGGCUUUUCCAGACCAGGACCUCGAAAGGCAGCCCCCAGGCCCUUUGAGCAUGGCCCUCCAGCCCCAGGGAGCUUCCAGCCUCCUGCUGCUGCCUCCACAAGGCUACAAGGAGCAAAUCUGCUUUUGCCUCCCCUCAGGGACAGGGUGAGCAGUCGAACCCCCUGCUCCCUGGCCUGCUGGACUGCCCUCAGUCAGAGCUGGCCUCAGCCACCAGGCAGCUGCCAGGGUUUCUCCCGGAGGGGGCCCUGCACUUCCUGCAGUGGCAUCUCCUAUUAAAAAUACAGAUUCUGGGAUCCACCCCCAAACCUACGGAAUGGGAUUCUCUGAGAGUAGGGCCUAGGAAUCUGCAUCUUUGAAAACCUCGCCGGGUCAUUCUGAUGCACCCUGGAGUGUGAGAACCACUGCCUUAGGCCAUCAGUGGGGCUUUAGAUGGGAUCUUCCCAAACUGAUUCCCCUAGGUGACCGGGCAGCUUUGGAGCCUGAGCUUUUAGGGAGGAGAGAGAAGCCAGUGUGUCCCAGUUUCCAUGCUCCUCCCCCAAACUUUGCCACUGGGUCCUGAGGCACGCUGCUAGACAGGGGCCUAAUCUUUGCAACCGACCAUUUUGAGAUCAUUUUACAAGCAAAGAGAAGAAAAGAAACAGUUGAGCCUUCCUCAGAUCCCUUUAAUGCGCAGUAUUAUUUUCUUCAAGACCAGCUCUUGUCUCCGAGGCUGCUUCCGUUACCUUUCUUGAACUGAAUACAAGAUGAAUACAAAGAGCCAUAUUCAGUUUUUGCCGAGGAAGUAGAAAGCUCUUUGACCAGUGUUUUAAGAUCCCUUAAAGCUCUUACUGACCCUCCUUGCUUAAUGAAAAGGACAGUCAUCUUCCUGGGACCGUGCCCAGCCCAUGCCACCACCCUCCUGUCCAGAACUUUCAUUCAUUUUGCCCAAACCUUUCCAAACGGACUGGUGCAGAGAAGCCAGUCUCUUCACGCCUCAAAGCCAACGCACUGUCCGUUUGCAGUCCUCAAGGAGCAAGAAAGAAAACAGAAGUCUGCUCAGUGUGUUUCUACGUUGUGAGAGUACAGAGCUUGGUGUGGCUCUUAGAAUAACAGGAGUCUUCCUUCACAUCUGCCACCUGUCCCCCCGAGUGCCCAAAGGACAUGGGGUCAGAGUCACUGGCCUUUGCAGUCCUCCUAUUCCUUUUGGCCCAUUGCUUUGUACAGAGAAGGGGCGUCUUCAAUUAGAACAGUGCCUGAAAGUCAGCCCCCUCCCCUCCAGGUCCCCGGUCACCACAGAUCCUGUCCCUGGACCACCCCCCCCGACCCCUCCCGCAACUUCUACUCCAGCUUGUUUUCUAUAGCUGCAUUUUUUAAAAGAAUUUUUAAUUAAAAAAAAAAAACCUUCCCACCAUCUACCUGUCCGGGAUGAGACAUAUUUGGGCAGCAAGUGGAUUUACAUCUUUUUACUGCAUUUGAGCUCUUCACGGAAGAGCCUUUCUUCCUCCAAGCGCGAUGUUUUCCUCUCCGGACCUUUGCUGACUUCGUGCCUUUGAGGUGAGACGCAGGGUCUUGCAGAAGCGUCUCUGCUUCCACUUUUCAGGAGCCAAGCCGCUGUCCCCAGUGGGACAGGGGUGGUCUCUGCCAUGAUCACCAUGACCCGCGAGUGUUUCUCGAGCCCCCUGGGGGGCUCCCAUUAUAUCGCCCAUAAGAUCAUAAAGACCCAACCCCACCUUCACGGAGGAUAAAACAAUCUUCCACCAUCAACUCAUCCUCUGAUCUUUCUAGGCCGGGAGCAUCACUUCUUAAACCACGAGGCUUCUUGCGAGGGCAGCUGACUUGCACAGUAGUUAAGUGUGGCUCUGUCUUGAGGGCUCGUUUCCCAAAAUGCACCGCCCCUAGCAAAGGCGAGCGCUCAGUCUUGGAGGCCGUGCUGCAUGGAAGCAAGCGGUGUGGCCUGGUGUAUGCAGGCAUCCCGUGGGGCAAACGGCAGUGAGUUCAGGAAUCACGUAUGUGGAUGUGGCCUUGGCAUGGAAGGCACAAGUGGGACGCAGCUGCCUGCCCUUGAACCUAGCAAGCCCUGAUGAUGCUGAGGGCCUGCCCUCGGAGAGGCCGGGGGGUAUCCAUGCUGCUCCAAGGAGCCCCGCCCUCCAUGGAAGCUCCUCCUCAUCCUUCUACACCCCUGUCCUGUCCCCCAAAGAUUUCCCACCAACUUUCUCAUGCAAACUGCUGGCCCAGACCUCAAUACAGAGGGACCACCACAGCCUCCUUGAGCCUGGUGCCCCAGGCCUGGACAAAGGGAACAGCGGCCUUGCAGACCACCAAAAGUCCCCCGAGAUGAAGGGGAAACGCAUCAGGCUCUCCCCUCAGGCUGCUGUGUGCUUGCGUAUCCGAGGGCAACCCCUCUGAUUGUCUCCUAUUCUCUAGCUACACACUCUGAGAUAGGACCUCCUAACUUUUUAGCCCUUGUGCAGAAAAAGUGUGAAAUCUUUGUGCAUUUCCAAGCACAGACCUGUGAGUCAUGGACGGCAGAGAGCGCGCUUCUUUCUGAUUACAACAGACCACGAUGGUGACACCUCGCCCCCCUAGGCACCUUCUGUACCUACUUUUACAACCAACCAGUCCAGCUUUUGAAGCUCCAGUGUGUGUGAGUCAAAACCUGCCCAGGCGUGGGUGCCUCAUCGGUCUAACUGUAAAGGCUUGUGCUGUGGACAGUGGCUAAAGCGUUUGAAAUGCUAGCUCUCCUUAGGAGGGAAAGACACUCCCCCAAAGAAGAAUCUAGAUGUCUUUCCCUGGUCCAACACUAAGUCAUUUUUGUAAUAGAUCAAAAGCAAAUGUUCUCAAUUAGAAGAGCUUAGUGGCUGUUGGUAGUGUUACAAUAAUAAUCCUUCUAGUAUCCAAAGGUUUCUAUUUGUUUUUUCAGGGAAAUUUUCGCAUUGAUGAAUAAAAAUAGUUCCAUUUUGGAGGUCAUUCCUGAAGAUAACGGCUUUUGUUCUCCUGCUGCUCUGAAUCUUUGUAUGUUCCCUCGAAUAUGUCACAGUGCUGCUGUAUCUAGAUCG